AUGGUCAGAAUGUUGUUGAUCCAUCUCCGUCCCUUUCCAACCAAUUCUUUGUCACCUCGUGCUCUCUCUUCUUCUUCUUCUUCUUCUUCUUCUUCUUCAACGACUCAACACAAGCUUUGGUCUGGUCUUGAGGAUUGGAGAAAGAGUCCUGUCAAUGACCUCCGUGUAUGGGGACCUACGGGUCCUCUCCUCCCUACUUCUUCUUCUUCUGAUUCCUGCUCUUACGGUCUGGUCUCGGCGGCGUCUUCUCUCGCCGAUCUCGGAGCUCUCGUUCUCUCAACCUCCGACCCUCUCUCCAAAUCACAUAUCUCCCAUUUAGCUUUCUCCCGCUGGCGCCGUGAGAACCUCCCUGUUGGCUCUGUCUCUCAUCUCCCUUCUUCUCCCGCUCGCCCUCCCAAACCCCUCCUCGUUCCCACCAACGAAGUUCCAAGUCCGAAAGACUCAAAGCUCCCUCUCAAUGCUCAUAUGCUUCAUAACCUUGCCCACGUCGAGCUGAAUGCAAUUGAUUUAGCUUGGGACACUGUCGCUCGCUUCUCCCCUUUCUCCGACCUUCUGGGUCACAAGUUCUUCGAUGACUUUGCUCAUGUUGCUGAUGAUGAGAGUCGCCAUUUCUUGUGGUGUUCCCAGAGACUCGCUGAGCUUGGUUUCAAGUAUGGAGAUAUACCGGCUAAUAAUCUGCUGAUGAAGGAAUGCGAGAAAUCAUCCAACAAUGUCGCUGCUCGCUUGGCUGUUAUUCCUCUUGUACAGGAGGCUAGAGGACUUGACGCUGGACCUAGGUUGGUGAAAAGGCUGAUGGGAUUCGGAGAUCACAGGACAUCAAAAAUCGUGGCUAAGAUCGCUGAGGAAGAAGUUGCACAUGUAGCUGUUGGUGUAGACUGGUUCCUCUCCGUUUGUGGAAAGAUGAACCGUGAGCCUUGCCCGACAUUUAAAGGCAUAAAUAAACAAGUCUUCUCUUCCAUGUUUUUUGUCUCAUCAUUUCCCCUUUCGUUUUAUAACAAGAUCAUGUGCUGUGCAGAUCUGAUCAAAGAGUAUGGUGUUGAGUUAAGGGGCCCUUUUAACCACUCUGCUCGGGAGGUUGCUGGCAUUCCGCGAGGUUGGUAUGAUCCAUCAUGUGGCUCGGAAGUGGAGGAAGGCGGCAACAAACAGGGUGACAAGGAGCAACUUUCUGUGGUUUACGAUAGGCUCACUCACAUUAUCUCAAUGGAGAGUGAGAAUUCAAGUCUCGAAAGGCCAGCCAAAUGA